CCAAGCCAGUGCCGCGCGCCGCGCCGACUUGCCAUCACGCGCGUUUUACUACUCGUUCCACCAACUAUCAGCGUCGAAACCACAAACAUUUGUUGAGGUAGCGUCCUCAAUUAUCUGAGCUGAAGAUACAGUGCCCCACGGAAGUGUUUUUCGACCCGAGUGCAGUGAACCAUUGUUAUUACCAUUUAUUGUUCCUAGAAAGUGUUUCUACCUGCUGCAGUUUUUCUAUACCGAUGGGUCUGCGGUGAUGACAAUGUGGACCGGCGUGGUAGCACUGUGGUGCGCGGCGGCUUUGCUCACCGCCGCUGCUGGCUACACGGUCGACUGCAAUCACGAAUACACGGACUGCGAUACUGAACUCAGUAAAAUAACGAGUGAAGAUGAAGAUGUAGUACUACCUAAAGCAACGUCCAAUGUAGAACUCACUACUACAUUGCCACUAACUACAACUACGGAGGUACCGACAAGGUCUACAAUUAGAAUCGAUGUAUCUACUGCUAACAAAACAGAAGUAGAUGUGACUACAGUGGAUACAGAUACUACAGAAUCAAUUAAACCUAAGCCUAGAUUACUUAAUUUAAAUGUAGAUGAUUUACAAAGCUUUGCAAAUGCAUUGCAUAAUCAAACCCAUGAAAUUGAUCACAAGAAACAUUUAAGUGAUUUAAGCGAUGUUAAUUUAGAUGCCGAUGAAGAUGAUGAGCCUUCAAGAAUAUCAGGCAAUGAAUCAAAGAAUAAUAAUAUACCUGAUAAAUUCUUUAGUAACCUCCAAGCACCAUUUCACCCCUUGCUGACUGCAGAUAAAGGAUCUGAUGAAAUAGAAACCUGUAAAGAAAAUGAAGUAACAUACAAGAUCGGUGAACGAAUAGACCGGGGUUGUGAAGAAACAUGUGAAUGCACUUCAGGAGGGGUAUUCGAAUGCUCCCCAAGGUGUAAACAUCCAUAUAUUCGUCGCGGUAGACGACUCAAUGAUCCAUUGUGUUUUGAAUCUCCAGUUGAUGACUGUUGUUCUAUAAUCGCUUGUGCUACUGGAAACGGAGAGAAACCAACAAGAUUGGAGGUAUGCCGCUACGGUAAUGACACGUACCCAGUGGGUUCUAAAUGGAACAUUGGGUGUGAACAAUCUUGCGUAUGUGAACGUAACUCCGUCGUCACCUGCAAACCAAGAUGCAAUCCAAUUCCACCAUCAGACAAAUGCAUAAACGUACAGGACCCUAAAGACGCGUGCUGUGAAGUGCAAGUUUGCGAUGUGUCUCAAGAUGUGCACGAAGAGCCUGUCGAUAAUGUCACCAGUUCCACCACAGCCAGCACCUUGCAAAUGGCUAAAGAGACAGAAGAAACAGAGAAACACAAAGCUAAGUCAACAAUGAGACCACUUGUGCUAGUUGAGCCAAUCGGCUCAGUGAAAGUCUUACAAAAUAAUACUGUACAAGUUAAUUUGAUGCAUAUGAAUAAUAGUGAAGACCCCAUUCAUUUAUUACUUAGCAGUGAUGGUGGACAAACAUUUAAGGAUGUAGAACUUAAAUACUCUAACCUCAUUUUGAAUUUAGAGGGAGGCAAAGAUUAUGUACUUAAAACAAAAGAAACAGACACUAAAUUUAAUUUUACUAUUACUGCUACUGAUAAUGUAGCAAAUGAAGUACCCACAGAAGAUGUAAAUAAUACUACCAAGAUUGGUUGUUACCAAGACGGACACUUUUACGCUGUAGGCGAAGAGUUCCACAUCGGGUGCUCGGAGCUGUGCGAGUGCACGGGCGCGGAAGAGCGCGAGUGUGCGGCUCUGGUGUGCCCGGCGCACGUGGGCCUUGAGCUGGUGGCGCGUGGAUGCGUGCGGUGGGCGCCCUCGCCGCCCGCCACACCGCCCAACUGCUGCCCGCGCGCCGCCCGCUGCCUCAGCGACGGCACCUGCCACUACAAGGGCGUCCCAGUACCAAAUUGGAGUGAAGUGCCAAUAGAGCUCACUGGCUGUGAACAGCGAUGCUUCUGUGAGAACGGCGAGGUGGACUGCCAGGAGGCUUGCACUCCCCUCUCACCAAUUCCUCCCCAAACGCUCCGCUGUCCCCCUAUGCACAGAUUAGCGCCGGUUAACAUUUCCGACGAUGAUUGCUGUAAACAAUGGGGAUGUGUUCCUAAUGGUAACGUCGUACCUCCUAAUUUCCUAUCGCAGCCCAAUCUCCCAUUCAUUCCUACAGUUCCUCCUGCGAUUCAUUUCCCUCAAGACGAAAUUCCUGAUUAUGGUCAGAACAAUAUCCAUCAUCCCUCAUUACCAGGGUUACCACCUGGUGUUCCAGGGCAACCGCCUUAUGGAGACGACAAUAAGAAGCUAGUCGUUUUGUCCAUGCAAGCGGAUUCGCCUACAAGUGUAAAGAUGCUAUUUGGAUUGCCGCCAGUACUGGUUGGCUUAAGAGGAAGUGUUGAUUUACGAUAUACUGAUCAGGCAGAUGACGACAUAUCUCAUUGGUACUCCCAAGUAUUUGCACCAACAGACGAGGUCCUUACGACUCCUCGACUAGAGUUUUCGCUAAAUGGUCUGAAACCUUCUACCACAUAUAAAAUUCGAGGAAAAUUGUUCCUGCAUAAUUUGCCGGUAGAACCGGAAAGCGAAAUUCGUGUCGUGAGGACGCUGGAUUUACCUACGCUUGUACCAGUAGAGGAGAAACGAAAGGAAAUUGAUAGCAGACUAACAGUGAUGGAAGUUAAUGACACAGCUGCCCAUAUGAGUUGGAGACACUUCACAGAGGAAGAAUUACAAUUUAUCGAUGGAAUUCAAGUGAGGUAUCGUCCAGUUGGUACCCCAAUCUACAGUAUGACUGAGUUAUUACAUCACAGUCGGUCAACGGCCGAUCUACACGACCUACGACCUGGGAGCCGGUACGAGGCAUCAUUGGUGCUGGUACCACCGCCCAGGGCUGUCACAGAAUUACACGACCCUGGUAGAGUCGAGUUCAAUACAAUGCCUUAUGUUGAUCCAUACAACUGGACGGUGAUAAUAGAGGCUCGAGCAGUGGGCUCCGAAGCAGCUGAGCUGACAUGGCGCGGAGUGCCGUCCCCUGCAGAACGUUGGGUGAGGGUGUAUCGUGCAGCACACGCAUGUGGUGCACCUUCACCCAGGAAGGAGCACGAUGCCUUCAGACUUGCAGCUAGGGAUCUUCCCCCAGCCGUUACACUUACAGGCUUGGAACCUAAUGCCAAGUGUCGAGUAUGGUUGGAGUUAUUCCUGACAAAUGGUAAAGUCAAGACGAGUAACGUGUUGGAGAUCAAUACCAAGUCACUGGACUCGCCCGAGCCCGUCGAUAAUGAAAUCGAAGCGGCGGGCGUGUCGGGGAGCCGCAGCCCGCGCGGCGAUUACUACGGGGCGCUGGUGGUGGUGGGCGUGGUGGCGGCGCUGGGCGCGCUCACCUCGCUCCUACUGCUACUUGUGGUCGUACGCCGCCACCGACCACGCUCCGUGCCUAUCACUCCCGUGCCAACUGCUCCCCGCGAGUCAUCACUACCCCCAUACGACAAUCCAGCGUACAAAUUAGAAUUACAGCAGGAAACAAUGGAUCUCUGACAAUUAAGCUCCCGUGGCCAUACGAAUGGGCUCAACGGGACUUCGGAACGCAGUGUUGACGUGCCAAAUGGUCGGCCAUACAAUGAAAUGGGUGUGUGAAACGAUGCGGAACCCACGCAUACUGUAUAUAAACAAAACACGUGAAAUGUGGUAAAAAUGCGUGGCAAUUAUGUAAAUUGAGAUUAUUGUCUCUUUUAGUGAUUAUGACACAAGUUCAAAUUAUGUGGUACCUACUGUGGACAUAAUUGUCGGUUUUAGCGAAUUUAAGAAUGACAUUCAACGGUAGACGAAUGUUGAAAUUAAUUAGUUGUAGAAAUUUCUUAAUUUUUAUUUUUUUUAUUUUUUACUAUUAAUUACGUAUUACGAUAUUUUUAAUCUCUAUUGAGGUUAUGAAAAGCUCUCAGUGAAAUUUCCAGUGAUAAUUUAUAACCUAAAUUUUUUAAGUGUUGCCAUUUUAUUUAUUUGUCGUUAACAGAAUACCUGCUUUGAUGCGACUCGUUUUAUCACGCGCGUUCAGGUGCGCGUAUUUUUAUGCGGGAAAUCCAGAUGGCGCUCUCAAAAUUUUGUUUUUUUUAUCUAUUUUUUGGGUUUGCUCUUUCGUGCGUCAUUGUUCGUCAGUUUCAUAUCAGUACAUUUUCUUUUAUAUAUUUAAUUUAUAUUUCGCUAUCUUUAUUAUACAAAGACACAUUUAAGAUUUAUAAAUUAUCAAUAACUCUAUUAAUUGUCUUUGCUCCAUAGUUAGAUCUCCGCCAUUUUGAAAUGAUAAUUAAUUAU